AUGUGCCUCUGGCUCAUUACACCUGAGAAACAUGAGAAGUGGAUGGCACAGUAUGGCAAGGCUUACAAGGAUGCUGCUGAGAAGGAAAAACGUUUCCAAAUAUUCAAGAACAAUGUGCAGUUCAUUGAGUCUUUCAAUGCUGCUGGGGACAAACCUUUCAACCUUAGCAUUAACCAAUUUGCGGAUCUGCAUAAUGAAGAAUUUAAGGCUUUGUUAAUUAAUGGUCAGAAGAAGGCACGUAGCAUGGGGACAGCAACAGUAACAUCGUUUAAGUAUGACAGUGUAACUCAGAUUCCUGAAACCAUGGACUGGAGGAAAAGAGGUGCUGUUACUCCAAUCAAGGACCAAGGCACAUGUCGUAGUUGUUGGGCAUUUUCAACUGUGGCUACAAUCGAGGGUCUCCACCAAAUAACAACAGGUGAAUUGGUGUCCCUGUCAGAGCAAGAACUAGUAGAUUGUGUGAAAGGUGGGAGUGAAGGAUGCCACGGUGGUUAUGUGGAAGAUGCCUUUGAAUUCAUUGCCAAGAAAGGUGGAAUAGCGAGUGAAACACAUUAUCCUUACAAAGGAAAAGAUAGAAGUUGUGGGGUUAAGGAGACUCAUCAUGGUGUUGCUCGGAUUAAAGGGUAUGAGAAAGUUCCUGCUAAUAGUGAAAAGGCAUUACUGAAAGCUGUGGCAAAUCAACCAGUGUCAGUUUACAUUGAUGCUGGAGGACGUGCUUUUCAAUUUUACUACAGUGGAAUUUUCACAGGAAAAUGUGGAACUGAUCCUGACCAUGCUGCAACAGUAGUUGGUUAUGGUAAAGUUCAUGAUGGAACUAAGUAUUGGCUAGUAAAAAAUUCAUGGAGCAGUGAAUGGGGUGAGAAAGGGUACAUGAGGAUGAAGAGAAACAUAAAUGCCAAGAAAGGCUUAUGCGGAAUUGCUGCAAAUGGCUCUUAUCCUAUUGCUUAA